UUUCCAUGCAAAAUCGUAUAAAUAGUAGCUGCUCUGACCGGUAACCAUGUCCGCCAGCUCCUCCAGCAACGCCUGCAAGCUGCUGCUCCUGGGCCGCUGCCUGCGCGCCGUUCUGCUCAGCGUGGCCAUUCAAUUCCUGCUGCUCACCGUCUUCCUACUGUCGGUGAACUUCCAGCUGCUCCAUCCGCUCGCCUGGGUGACGGGCACGCUGCGCCUGGUGGCCAGCUGGUACACCUGGUUCGCCAGCAUCCCGCUGGUGGCCUCCGUCGUCCUCUACGGCGUCUCCCUGUGCCAGCAGCACCUCUCGGAGCGUCCCUACUGCCCCACUCGCUACCGGUGGCUGCUUCACUACGGUCCCCGCAAGCUGCUCUUCCUGGGCGCCCAUCUCCUAGUCGGAUUCCUCACCGCCUGGCUGUACACGGGCUACAUGCACACGGAUUAUCAACACCUGCGUUACAAGUGCUAUUUAGAGGAAUGCGUGAGUGCCUACCACGUUUAUCUCCUCGGCAUGGGCCUCUCCGCCGGCUGCUACUACUUUGUCUCCGUUCACAUGCGCCAGGAGAUCUCCAUUGAGUUCCCCAUUGUAGAGCAAUCUAGGGGUGAGAAAUUGCGCGAACUAAUCUACGCCAGUUUGGCCCGUUCUCUGGUCAAAUCCCUGCUGCCCACGCUCAGCUACACGCUCGUCUUUUGGCUCUUUGGACCUCUGAUUUGCCACAAAAUCAGUCAAGUGCUUUCUGUGGACUUUGAUGAGCGUUUGGAGGGUUUCUUCGGCGUAGCCACCAAUGGGCGGCUGCUUUUCUAUGGCUAUUUGCUGACUGCUCAGAUCCUGAGCAACAUGCACCUCAUGCGCUGCUUCUACGGCAUUCUGCUGUCGGAAGAUUUGCCGCUGGUGGUCACCAAGCAGCGGGCGGCCUUUGCCCACGAGCAGGAAGUGACCAUGGUGGCGGGACUGGGAGUUUUUAACGUGUACGUGGUGCAGUGCCUGGCUGCUCACUAUUUCUACAAGUUGGCGUUGCGAAAGGAUUCAGCACAGCGGGCGGAGAUUUUCCAGCUGACGGAACCGGGCAAUCGGCCAGCAAAUUGGCGUUCGCUCUGCGAUCAGUGCUUGAGUAUCCUGGGCAGCUUCACCGAGGAACUCAGCGAAUCCAUGCAGAAGAUCAGUGUGCUGAAGGGAGCCCAGAGUCUGCCGAUGAUGCCGAAAAUCAGCGAAACUGUAUCAGCCAGCCUGAUGGCCGAGAAGCUGCUGCUGCGUCAGUACAACCAAAUGCACGGCAUUCGACCCAUUGUGUCGCCGAGAAGCGAGGAUGCAGUGGAUCGGCCAGCGGAUGGCAUUCGCCAUGUGCCCAACUGGUGUGAGCGAGUGUCCACGCAGCUGGAAAUGGCUGUUCAACGCUUGGUGCAGCGAAUUCCCGGCAUUGUCUACCUGUUCAACGAACCCGAGGGCUCGAAAACCACCUUCCUGCUGGCCAAUUGUUUGCCUGUGGUGUACAUGACUCAGGCUCUGGCGCAGAUUUGCGUGGCCUCUUUAAAAGAAGAUCCCUAUGGCGUGGUGCAGAACGAUUUGCCGGCCAUCAUCAAGGCGAUAAACAAGCUGCGCAACGAACUGGAGAAGCUGAGCAGCGUGAUUGGCAAUCUGAAGGCAAACAGCUCCAGUUUCAAUGUUCUACGAUGCGCUGUGCGUCGCAGCCUUUACGCCAUUUGCCACUCCUUCGGUGAUUACCUCGCGGAUCUUUUGCCACCCGGCGAGGAACUGCGGCAAAUGCAGGAUCUCAUCUGCCAGGAGUAAAACCCAUCCAUCAUUAUUUACACUGUUUUGCAUCUCUUUCUUUAGUUGUUGUCUGCGGUAACAAUAAAAAUUAAUAAAUAUAACUACUAAACGUACAAUAGUUAUAC